GAGGCGAUGGGCAGGGCUCGGGAGAUGAAAGGCGAUGGAAUGGAGGCGCGGGGGUGGAAAAGAACUACCCCUUAGGCAGUUCUUGUCCUGCCGCUCUCUUUCGCUAGGGCCGGCGUGGAGAAAAAGGGCGCUUGUGGGUGAUCCUUGGGAGAAGGCUAGGAGUGAAGUUUGCUGCUUCGACGCCAGCAGUCGGGGGGCCUCUAAGAAGGCAGAGACGGCGGCGGUAGUAGUAACAGUGGUGGCGGCGGUGGAUGAUAUUUCCUUUGGGGCUUGAUCUGGGCAAGGAGGAAGGCGCUGCUGCCCCAGGCAUGAGUCUGGCCGCCGCCACCAGCCGCAGCCACCCCUCUCUCGAAACCCGGUAGCCUCCCUCCCCCCGCCCGCUUUUGGCCAACCCCUUGGGCCUCUGGAUGCUGCUGAGUCUUGGUGCGCUCCUCUUUCCCCCGCUGCAGCGAGUCCUGCAGAACUUUGGAUGAUGACGAUGAACUCUCUAGCCGAGAGCUUGCUGGGGCCGCCGGACCCGUCCAAGGCGUCCUUCCUGGACUUCGGACUCGGGCCCCCUCCCUCUCCUCCUCAUCACCAGCAGCCGCCGCCGCAACACCCGGCCAGCUUGGCGCCCCCUUACUCUCUCCAAGCUUUGCACCCGCCGCCGCCGCCUCAGCAGCAGCCGCUCGACGGUGGCGGCAGCGGUGCCUUCCCUCCCUCCGCAACCUCCUACGGCAGACCCCUGGCUUAUCCGCCCUACCCCGGGGCAGCCGGCAGCAGCCCCCACGCCUUCUACCACCACCAUCACCACCACGGCGCCUCCUACUCGCCUUACCAGCAGACCUCCAGCGCCCUGGGCCACGGGACGAGGCUGGAGGAGACGGAGCUUGAGAAAUCGACCAUCAUUGAGAAUGGGGAAAUCCGCAUCAAUGGAAAAGGGAAGAAGAUCCGCAAACCACGCACCAUCUAUUCUAGCCUCCAGCUUCAGGCCCUCAACCAGCGCUUCCAGCAAACCCAGUACCUGGCUUUACCUGAGCGAGCAGAGUUAGCAGCACAGUUGGGCUUGACCCAAACACAGGUCAAGAUCUGGUUCCAGAACAAGCGUUCCAAAUUCAAAAAGAUUAUGAAGCAGGGCUCCAGCAUCCAAGAAGAUCAUCUCCACAGUUCCUCAUCUUUGUCCCCUUGUUCCCCCAACAUCCCCCCACUCUGGGACAUCCCUAUGGCAUGCAAAGCUGCACCCCUGCCUCCCAGCAGCUACAUCAAUAGCUUUGGACCUUGGUAUCACCAACCGCAACACCAGGACACCAUGGGGAGGCCGCCAGUGAUGUGACAAAGGCAGUGCUUGCAACAUUAACCCAUUCGAAUGUGCCUCUUUCACCAAAGUGCUGAUCAGGGUCCCUGGAACAGGGAAAUGUGGGGGGGCAUGGAUGGAGAAGGUUGGCUCCUUUGAAGGAAUCUCCAGCACCUCUCUGUUGAUGUGAAAUUAUCUAGCAGGAGAUGGAUGUAAUCAGUCCUGCUCAAGGACCAAAUCUAACAACUCUGGCCGAUGGUAUGAGGUGGAAAUAGGGAAAGGAGCCCCCCCCCCCCAAGAAACAUGAGUGGAACUCAGGAUUCCACCAAGCAAUGUCUCUUCAUCAGGGAUUUACAAGAACGGUGUUUGUCCUUUUUUGUUCCAAAGAUAGGCUUGUGGGUGAAGUGGCCCAGCAUUGGAUCUAGUUGUGUCAGUAAGAUUUGAGGUUUUGCCAUAUUUUUUCUCCUUCUCUGGCAAAGCUUCUAUGCCUUAAGUAGUAUUGAUGGUAGAUGGCAAAUAAGUAGGUGAUGUUUCUCCUAACAUGGAGGUUCAGUGAUGGGAAGGCUUCAUCUAUUGUAUUUCUGUGUUGUCACACAGCUGCUAAAGGCACAGGAGUAUUGCCAGCUUUUUUUCUUUUCUCCUAGCAAUCCUAGUAAACGUAGCAAGGUUUUGAGCUGCACAGCUUCAGACGGGUACUGGAGAAAAAGAAUGCUUUACAGGCGAGAUAUACAAAAUUGUGUAUAUCUCUGGCACAACUUCAUGAUUUGGUGAGCAGAAUACAGGUUAGAUGGAAAUAACAAUACAAACUCUGCUCAUGGGAUUAAAACUGGCAAGAACUUUUACCCAUCAAAAUUGGUUCAAUAUACUCCCACGUCUUACCUGCAAAAGAAAUUGGUUGUGGUUGCAGGAAGCCAAUAUCUGUACAUCUCCAACUUGGUAAAGGUUAAAAAAAAAAUCUAGAUGGUUUCUACAAAACCAAAUUUGCUUCCAAGUUUGCCCAUGUUACUAAUAUAUAUGUAUAUUUAAUUGUGUUAAAACCAGGAUUAUGUUUACAGGUAAUGAAAAGUUUGUGGAAUGUAAUCCCCAUAUCUUCACCCCCUUUUUUCUUUUUAUAAAGGAUCAUUCAUAUUUCUUUCAGCGACUACAUGAAGUGUUCUUCUCUGUCCCCAAAUAACUUGAGGCUAUUUAACUAAACAAUUAAAAAAAACUAAUUUAACUUUUCUUCCCCACACUUUGCCAAGCAUAAUGACAACAUUUUUAUUUAUUGAAAUACAGCUUUUGGUAUAUUGUAUUGUUUUCACUUUAUAAACAGAAUGUAAGACUAUAAAUAUUUUUUUUGUACAAA